UAGAAAAAAAAACCAAAUAAACAUUGGAAAAUUAUUAGUCAAAUAAACCUGGUUUUAUUGUUUUUUUACAAUUAAUUGUUAUUAAUUUAAAGGCUGCGGUUGAACCACAUACUAGCAAUGUACCUAUUUACAAAAUUACCGAAGAGAUCAUUAAAACAAAGUUAUAAUUUCCUUAAGCGUUUAUAUAGUGAAAAAUGUUUAAGCACCAAAAAUGAGAAAAACGAUUCUCUAAUGGAAAAAUUUGAAAAAAUAUUAAUAUACAAUACUGUUAUUGAAGCCAACAGACUUCACUUUGGGUACCACACAAAUCAACAAAUAUUGAUGGCGAGAGCUAAAAAAGAAGAGGAAUUACAAAAGGCCCUUCAAACUAUACAGCCUUUACCACUUACAUUAAAAUUAUUUACUGAACAUGAAAAAAGUGAUAAGCUUUCAAGUCAGGGAAAUACAAGAGCAACAACAGAAGAACCAAGUCAAAAUGCUAUUCCCACAACCUUUCCAUACACAUUAAAUAAUACAACAUUUCAAAAAACUGAGGACUAUAAAAUUAACUCUACUGCAGAACCAGUCAAAGAUAUCAAAAGUGAAAUAAUCAAUAAAAAAAAGUUCUUAGAUGAAAGUAGUGAAAAUUGGAUGACACAUUAUGAAAAUUAUGAAAAUGAUUUGGAAUGUGGUGAAGAAAAUGCCAUGAGCCAUGGUGAUAUUAACUAUGGGACUCCAGACAAAAAGUGCCCUGCAAGUUCAGUACCUUGUGGGGGAUGUGGAGCAUAUUUACAUUGUCAAGAUAUCUCAAUUCCGGGCUACAUCCCUUCUGAAUUAUUUAAAAACUCCAGGAAACCAGGCGGAGCAACCCUUAGCUCUAUCUUAUGUCAACGAUGCCAUUUUCUGCAGCAAUAUAAUAUUGCAUUACAAACGCGGGUAACUCCAGAAGAUUAUUUGUCAGUAAUACAAUCGAUUCCAUUUGAAACAUCGUUGAUUAUUUUAAUGGUGGAUUUGAGCGAUUUUCCUUGUUCGAUCUGGCCCGGGUUAGCAGAUAUUUUCGGUAUGAAAUCCUCCUUAGUGGUUGUGGGGAAUAAAGUUGACCUAAUACCUAAGGACGAUAAGAAAUACUUACAUCGAAUAAAGUCUAGUUUAGUACGUAAUUUGAAAAUAAAUGGCUUUGGAAGUGCUAAUAUAAAACAUGUAGAACUGAUUUCAGCUAAAACAGGUUAUGGUGUGGAAAGCCUUAUUACUGCACUCAAUAAGGUUUGGUCAAAGAAAGGGGACGUUUAUUUGGUCGGAUGCACUAACGUUGGAAAGUCUUCACUUUUCAAUCAACUAAUAAGGUCAGAUUUUUGUAAAUCACAAGCAGAAAAUUUUCUUUUACGAGCUACGACCAGUCCUUGGCCCGGAACGACUUUGAACCUAUUGAAAUUUCCAAUUACAAGAUUUUCUGGAUUUAGAUUAUAUAUGAGGCAUCAAAGGAUAAUGGAGUUAGCUAAACUAGAAAAAGAAGAAAGGAAAUUGAAAGACGAUGAAUUAAGAUUGAGUAAUAAGGGAGCAGAUGCAACCUUGGUAGGAAGGGUGGAAAGGUCGUUUACUCAUAAGGAUCUGACAAAGGAAAAUGAUGACAUGGCCAUGGAUUUGUUUGCAAAUUAUGGUUCUGCUGACUUAUUGGGAAAAAGUAAACUGGGUAUCAACCCAAACAUGCCAGACUAUGUUCAUGGGAAAUGGUGCUAUGACACGCCCGGUGUCCUUCAUCCUGACCAGAUAUUGCAUCUAUUAACUUUAGAUGAAUUGAGGUUAACAUUACCAGAGGAGAUUAUUCGACCCGAAACGUUUAGAAUAAAACCAGGUAUGACCAUGUUCAUAGCAGGAUUAGCCCGCUUGGAUUACGUUAGUGGGGCAAAGGUAAUCAGGUUGACGGUUUUCAGAUCAAACAAACUCCCUAUUACAGUCUGUGAAACCCAGCAGGCCGAUUAUAUAUACGAAGAACUUUUAGGAAGUGAACUAUUUACUGUUCCUAUUUUCAACGAUGACAUCGAGAGGCAGCAGAAAUGGCCGGGCUUGGAACUGUCAAAAAACUUUAAAAUUACUGGCAAAGACAUAGAGGAAAGCAGUUAUGAUGUAGUCUUGUCAAACGCAGGUUGGAUAGCUAUUAAUUGUGAUCUCUCCGAAUACGAAUUUAACGCAUGGACUCCAGAAAAACGAGGUGUCCAUAUCAGAGAGAGUUUGUUGCCAAAAGCCGUUAAACUCCGAGGCGCACCCAUCAGAGCAAGUGUCGCCUAUAAAAGACACAAAUUUAUUUAAUAUAAAAGCAGUUAAUUGUU